AUGUCUCGAAUUGUAAACCAGUCAUCUACCGAUGAGAAUAUUGCAGUGUUCUUGCAAUAUGGUUUAUCAGAAGAUUCAGACCUGACGGUUAAUGAUGAGGUUAUUGCUCGGGAAAUUCAACUACAAUAUCAAAAUGAUUCGACAUGUGAUGAUGCUUCUAUUGCUUUGGAGAUUCAGCAACAAGAAGAAAUCAAUUGUUAUUUGUUUUCAGGUAAUCUACAUACCUAUCUAAGCGAUGAUGAAAAACUUGCUAGAUAUUUGCAGCAACAAGAUGAAUUAAUUCUUACGACUUUGUUCUACCUUAUGAUUAUAUAUUUGUUUCAAUCUACAGUGAACAAUUCAUACAUACCUGAACGUGAUGCUCCCUCGACUAGUAGAACAAUUAUUGAAGACGACGAUCACUUCUCGGGGCAUCAUACACAUACUCGUACCCUGUCAAAUAGCCCAUCAAUUAGUGCCCUUAAUCUUUCUACGAAUGAGAACAUUGAUACCGAAAAUAUGACGUAUGAGGAAUUGAAUGAGUUAGAAGACUCCAUGGGAGAUGUAGAUAGAGGUUUAUCGCAAAGCAGGAUUUCCAAAUUAUCGACUCAUAAAUAUGGUGAGGAAACCAAAACUUGGUGGUGGCAAACUAAGAAAAAUAAGUUCACCACAACUCAGUGUUCGAUAUGUCUAGUCAACUAUGUGAUGGGUGAUCAAUUAACAACAUUGCCAUGCAAACAUAUAUACCACCAGGAUUGCAUUUCUCAAUGGUUGAAAAAAGACAAG